GAACUUAAUCAUCUGCUUGAUGCUUCUUCCACCCCUAAACUCUGAUUUUAAUCAUUAACCCCAUCUUUUGCUAAAAAAAAAAAAUCAUUAAGCCACCCCAAACGGUUAUUCUAGUUAAUUAACACUUGUGCAAUUAUAUUGGUAAUCGUGUUUAAAUCCGACCCGACAUCACACACACGAACAAGUCAAAAUCCGUUUUCGAACCAAAAGAAAAAAAAAGAGCUAGCGUUCAAUCGCUUUUGUCUGUGUGUUCUGUCGGCUUCCAAAUCUGAUUUUUGAGGGUUAAAGAUGCAUAAACUGGGUGAUUUCAAGCUUCCUCAAUUCUUCAAUUAUCCUCCAUACUUCACUUUGCAGCCAGUGAGGGACACUCGUGAGAAGCAAAUACAGUUGUGGAAAGAGCUUAUCUUGGACUAUUGCAAAUCCCAAAAGGUUUUCUUAAUCGGCGUUGAAGAAGAUUUCCCUCUCUUCUCCAACUCUGCUAUUGAUCGAACUUUGAGUCAUGAAGCAAGGGAAACAUUCCUCUCAGCUAUUGUUGGAGAAGGGCGUGCGGAGUGGCUAGAUAAGGGGCAUAGGAAAUGUCUGAUUCUCUGGCACCGGAUUCAAGAUUGGGCAGACAUCAUUCUUAAGUUUGUGAGAGAGAAUGGAUUAGAGGACAGUGUUAUGACUGUUGAAGAAAUACGUUCAGGGACUGAAUCACUUGGAACAGAACUCGAAGGGAUUGAUCGGACGAUUCUAAUGAGGGCCCUGAAGCUGCUAGAGAACAAAGGCAAGCUUGCAUUGUUCAAAGGAACAUCAGCAGAUGAUGAAGGUGUCAAGUUCUCUGUUUGAUGCUUAUUUUUUGGUCAGAAAGGGGAGAAAAGGGGGGAAUGGAUAAACAUCUUGAAAACAAACUUACAUUCUGUAAUCACAACUUUGGAGUUUUGUGGAAUAAAUCGCAUUUUAUUACUUCAUGGUCACUUCUGUUAGAAAUUUUGAAGGAUUCUGAUUUAUUCUUCUGCUGCUUUGAAAUGAACUUUUAACG